AUGCUGGGUAGUGCUCUACAGCACCCUGUUGAGACUGAUGGCGGAGAUGUAGGGGGUGAGGAACAGGAUUCCUACUGGCCUAGCAGUCCUCAUCGAGAGUGGCAGGGUGGUGGGCAGACCCGUGAUGAAACAGGCGAUGAUAAUGAGUAUAGGCCUACUGUAGCGGAGGUCGAGGCGGCGGCGGCAGAGGACUCUGCAGCGGGGGCGGGAGGGGACGCGGAUGUGGAGGAGGAGGUGCAAGAGCAGGAGGAGGAGGGUGCUGGCCACAAUGCCAGGGAACAUGGAGGGGAUAAUGGACGGGGAGGAAGGGGUCGAGGGGGUCGUGGGGGGGGACGGGUUGGUCGCGGGCAGGGUCGGUCUUCUGCGCGUGCGCAGGCCAUAGGCAAUGCAGGGGGGCGCAGUGGGGGGUAUGCUAGCGGCCCCUCAGUAGAUGGACGAGGUGGGGGGAGGGUUGGGAGGGUUGCGCAUAGUGCUGCAAGGGCUGGGCGCGGUGGCAGUGGUGGUGGGAGAGUGGCCGAGGCUGCGCCCGAUCCAGGGCCAGGGAAUGCACCCACUCAACGGUCCGAUGGUCCAAAGGACCUAGAGUUUCCUUGGGGCGGCUAUGGCGUGUUGGGCGAUGGGCCAACAGUGCCCAACCCGCACGGUGGUGCAUGGGAGCACGCGGCUGCCUGGCCGAACAUCCCAGGUGCUGCAGCCGCAGGGGGCAGUGGCGCAGGGGGGGGAGGGAGUGGGAGUCAUAGUGGUGUUGACAUGCGCGCGUUCAUGACUCCAAGGGUGUCGCAGGACGAGCUAUGCAGUGCUCUCGUGGAGUUGUUUGUUGAUGCGGAUCUUCCGUUUCGUCUUAUCGACCGAGCUUUGGCGAGUCAAACAACAACUACUCUACCCUCUAUUCCUGCACCGGGAGUCUCAAAUCCUUUCCGUCGCUUUGUCGCCUUGCUCAAUCCAUCGGCCAAGGAUUUGCUGGGGUCACGUUACCGUUUGGCACGGGACAUGCAAGCAUUCAGUGAGGUGACUCGAGAGGAGCUGAGGCAGGAGAUCUUUGGCGACGGUCUCGUGGGGAGGGUGUCCCUUAGCUUGGACAUCUGGACCAGUGAGAACCAUACAGCUUUCAUGUGUGUGACCGUCCACUGGAUCACUAGUGACUUCAGGCUACGUUCGGGGAUUUUGGAUUUCGUGCAGUUGGAGGGUUCGCACACAGGGUCUCUCAUAGCACAGACCCUCGAGCGCAUCUUGACCGAGGGUGGCCUGCAGGAUGUAGUGUUUGCUGUGACGACGGACAAUGCGGAGAACAACAACAAGGCGAUGCGCCUUCUGUCGGGGGACCCAGCAGAGGGGCUAGGGGCCUGGACAGCUAAUCCACUGCUCGACAUUGCGCGUCACGUUCGCUGUCUUGCACAUAUCAUGAACAUUGCAGUGCAGGAGGCAUUGAAGUUGGACGAUGUGAAGGAGGCGUUGAAACGCCUACGGGAUGCGUGUUCGUACAUUGGAUGGUCGGUCCAGCGGUCAGAGGCUUUUGCCAGUCUGCAGUGCAGGUUGGCAGGCAGAGACAACGCGAAGGUGCUACGUCUGAUCCCCGACUCGCCUACACGUUGGGGCUCCACUUACAAGAUGAUCUGCCGUGCCUUGGAGCUGCAGCAGGCACUGACGGUGUUUUCUAGCCGGACUGACGUGAGUGAUAGGCUCCGGCUACGCGAGCAGCUCGACAAAAUACGUCUCAGUGACGUCCACUGGGACGCGCUUGUCGAGCUGAAGAACUUUCUUCAGCCCUUCCACUCGAUCACCAAGGUAGCUGAGGCUUCCUUGUACCCGACAGCUGCAGCGGUGGUGCCGCUGUACAACCAACUGCUGGACAACAUGGAAAUCACCAACCGCGAGCCAGCCGUCUCACCCCUGACACAGGCCCUCAUCACCAAAGCCCUCGGCAAGCUGAAGAAGUACCCGUACGGCACCAAGGAAGAGUUGGCGAUUGCCACCUUCCUUGACCCCCGUUACAAGAUCAUCUUCUUCCAGAUGCCCUAG